AUGGUCCAAAAAGCUUUGAAAGUAACCAAAAAAUCAAAAGAUCCUCGUCGUAUUACAAAGAAACAAAAAAAUCUACGUAAGGCUGCACCUUUACAAUUGAAAUCUAAGAAGAAAUCAUUACAACAUUUGAAAAAAUUGAAUAAAAGUGCUUCAUUGACUGAAACUACAGAAAAACUGAUCGCUAGUAGGGUAGGUCAUCUAGAACUAUUGAAGGGUACAAGGAAAGAAAUAGAAAGAAAGAACAGAAAGGAGAAUAGUAAAUAA